AGAGAGCUCCGUCCGGACCUGGGCCGCCACCGCUUUGGAGCCGGCGCGUGCCCCGAGAGCUCUUUGACGUUGGCGACUUGGCGGGCGCGAGCGCGCGGCGACAAGCGGCAGCGAGAGGGCGGGUUUUGGAUGAUCCGUCAAGUUCGGCUGAACGGAAAGGGGGCGUAGCGAGGGCAAAAGUCCAAGUGGUCGGACAACGCAUGUUUGACACUACGGCCCAGUGUUGGGGGAACUGUUUUGGAUGGCUGCUGCAUUCUUCACCUUGCCGGCUCGGUGGCAGUUGACGAAGACGCUCAGAUUGGUUCAGAAUUUACCAGCGGUUAAACUACAUUUAUCUGGAGUUGCCAUGAUUGCAACAGAAGCUGAAUUUGAGAAAGCAAAGAAUAAGUUGAAGACUUUAAGGAACGAUCCUGGAAAUGAAGUAAAAUUGCAAAUAUAUGCGUUGUUUAAACAGGCUACCCAAGGUCCUUGCGAUUCACCAAAACCCAGUAUGUUGGACUUUGUCAACAAAGCAAAAUGGGAGGCUUGGAAUUCACUUGGCAAAACACCCAAGGAGGAAGCCCGACAAAAAUAUGUUGACCUCGUAGAAACAUUGGUUUCUGCUGAAAUCCCCACCCAAAGUGAAGCAACGACCACAAGAGAUGUAAAGUCAUCAUUCCAGACAAUAAAUGUCACAAGUGAAAACAACAUCACCACUAUUUUCCUAAACAGACCAGCUAAAAAAAAUGCUAUUUCAUUACUGAUGUAUGAAGAAAUAAUGAAAGCACUUGAACAAGCUGCAAAAGAUGAUUCUACACUGACUGUAAUGACAGGUAUUGGUGAUUAUUACUGUAGUGGGAAUGAUUUGUCCAACUUCACUGAUUUUGGACCAGAAGGAAUAGAGCAAAAGUCUAAGAAUUCAGGAGAAUUACUGAAGAGAUAUGUAAGCCAUUACAUUGAUUUUCCAAAGCCAUUGAUUGGUGUAAUUAAUGGUCCUGCUGUUGGAGUUGCUGUCACUGUUUUAGGAUUAUUCGAUGCAGUCUAUGCCACUGAUAAAGCCACAUUCCAUGCGCCAUUUAGUAAACUCGGUCAAAGUCCAGAAGGCUGUUCAUCUUACACCUUCCCCAAGAUAAUGGGUACUAGCAAGGCCAAUGAAAUUCUCUUGUUCAACAAGAAAUUAACUGCUGCUCAAGCUUGUGAACUGGGAUUGGUGACUGAGGUAUUUCCUGACAGUACAUUCCAAAAAGAAGUUUGGAAGAAGUUACAUGCUUAUGCAAAACUACCUAAAAAUUCUCUGGCUUUUUCAAAGCAGCUAAUAAGAGGUGUUGAAAAGGAAAAGCUGCAUGCUGUCAAUGCCCAAGAAUGUGAGCGACUGGUGGAAAGAUGGUUAUCUGAAGAAUGCAUGAACGCCAUAAUGGGCUUCUUUACAAAGAAGUCAAAAUUGUGAUUUUAUUUCCCCACUGUUCAGUAAUUGACGUCCAGAAACCUAAAUACUAGUUUUGAUUGCAGAAUAUUUCUGUUAUUAAUCUUUUAGAUUGUUAGCUUUUUUGUCCAUAUUUCAUUGCAAGGUAAUUAUUAAUUGGUCAGCCAUACUGCUAGACGUUUUUUCUAAUUGUUUUCAGAAAUGUAUAACUUUAAAUAUUCAGUCUUAUGUGUGAUUAUUAAUUUGGAAAAUUAUGGAUGGCUAGGAGGGAAUGAAUUGAAAUCUGAUACACUAUCAGAACGUGUGAAAGUUAGAUGAUUUGUUAAUACUAUGUCACUCUUCUACAUUUAAAAUCUGUAAUUUUGCUUCAUAAAUGGAUAAUGCCAAAAACAA